AUGAAAGUGGCCCCGGGCCUCAAAACUCCACCUCCUCUCUAUAAUGACGGUCAAUGGUUGGAGCGUGAUUCGUCAUGGGUCGUAGACUCUUCCGGUGUGUGGGUUGACGACAAAGGUAGGGCAUACGAUGCCGCCAAAGCCUUGGAUGGUGAAAAAGGGACCUACUGGAACGCACAAGCUAAAGGACAAAGACAGUACAACUAUAACAACUGGUACUUCGUGCUGGACCUCAUAAAGUCCCACACUCUGACCCGCAUCGCAGUCAACAACUACGGAGACACCACCCAUGACAUGGCAGCCUUCACCUUACAAAAGUCUCAGGCCGGAAGUCCAUACAGCUGGGUGGACGUCGUGUCUGUCGAUAACGUGACCGGAGGGACACGACAGCGCCAGGAGUUCGGCGGGUUCCAGGGAACAGCGCGGUACUGGAGGUUUGUAGUCACGCGGACCCACUCGGGCUAUCAGCCAUGGCUCCCAGAGCUGGACUUCUACGGAAUCUCACGAGGAGUGGAAAGAUGUGACUAG